AUGUCAUCCGUUUCACUCAUUAAUGAAUUGACUACUUUAAGUCAAGAUAUAACUUAUUUAAUUCAAAAUUUCACUCAUUAUAUUAAAUUAGAUAAUGAAUUAUAUUAUGCUAUUGGAUGUAUUUCAUUUAAUCCAAUUUUUUGGAAUAUUGUAGCUAGAUUUGAAUAUAAUACUCAUUUUUUAACUAAAAUUACUGGACUGGCUAAAAAUGGAUGUUAUUUAUUAGCAGCUAUUAUAUUUUCAUUAGGUAUUUAUAGAGAUCAUGUUUAUCAUCAAGAAUUAUUAAAUCAACCUACUUUUCAACCGUUUAUUGAUUCUUUAAUUAUUAAAUCUUUAGCUAUUUUAACUUUUGGAUUUGGUAAUAUUUUAGUUAUUUCUUCAAUGUGGGCAUUAGGUGUUACUGGUACUUAUUUAGGUGAUUAUUUUGGUAUUUUAAUGAAUGAAAGAGUAACUGGGUUCCCAUUUAAUAUUAAUGAUAAUCCAAUGUAUAAUGGAAGUACUUUAUGUUUCUUGGGUACUGCUUUAUGGUAUGGUAAACCAACUGGAAUUUUAGUUACUUUGUUUGUUUUUAUCAUGUAUAAAAUUGCUUUGUUAUUUGAAGAACCUUUCACUGCUAAGAUUUAUGCCAAUAGACAAAAAUUGGAUUAA